CUUGUUGUCAUGUGUCUAUUGGAGCUGACAAAACUGCAAAUGAGUGGCUUAGGUUAUAAGAUGUGUACACAGAUCACCAAGGUGUUCAAGAGCCAUGCCAUUGCCACCCAGCACACUUUGGAGCAGUACAACAAGCUUGCAGACAAGAUGAAGCCCCCAUGUCUCCACCUCUUGUGGGACAACAUUGUUGACUGUUUUUUCCUAGCUGGGUUUUCCCUACCUUGCAAGACAAACCUUGAGAUCUUGGCUAAGUGGUGGGCCAAUCCACCAUGCUGCAUGUUGGCAGCACAGCACUUUGACUCACACUGCGUGGAGAAGAUCACACAGUGCAAUGUUGAGAUCCUUCAGUUACUCACUAAAAUCUAUGACGAUCAAGUUGACAUGCCCUUAGCCAUUAAAAGAAUCAACAUGACUGAUCUGGCAUUGGCAACUGAAGCACAGUGA